AUGACAUUCGUUCGCAAUUUGAUAACUGCGAAUGAGGAAGCUCGUUUGCGAAGAUAUGUGACGGAAAUCACAGAAGAUUCCAGUCAGACUGUGUGUGAUAGCGCUACAUUGAACCUUCACAGAGACUUCGACGUUCCUGUCAAAAAGUUGCGUCGUCGGGAAAUGAAAUGGAUGCACAUGAUCAAAGCAUGGGAUAAAUUCGUCACUAGAAAUUACGAGAAGCUCCCUGGGGACGAGAAAAUUGUUGAUGAAAUCCAGCGUGAUAUUCAUCGACAAUUCCCCACCCACGAAAUGUUCGCGGAACAGGGUGGUUCCGGCCAAAGUGAGCUUUUCAACGUGUUGAAAGCAUAUUCAUUGUUCAACAAGCGUGACGGUUAUUGUCAAGCACACGCCCCUUUAGCAGCUACUCUUCUGAUGCAGAUGCCGAGCGAACAAGCAUUUCUUUGCUUGACGUCAUUAUGCAACAAUUACCUGCCGCUUUAUUUCGCUCCAGAUUUGCAGAUGCUGCAAGUAGACGCAGAGCUGUUAAUGACUUUGUUGAAGAAAACCGAGCCUGCUAUUUAUAAGCAUCUUAAACGUCAAGGCAUUACUCCAAUACUCUUCAUGACCGACUGGUUCAUGUGCAUCUUCACGCGGAACCUACCCUGGGAAACUGUUCUGAGAGUUUGGGACAUGUUUUUCUGUGAAGGAAGAAAGGUGCUUUUCCGUGUGGGGCUUACGAUUCUUCGCCUUGUUUUGGAACCAGCGUCUGUGCGAAAAGAAUGUCCGUCCAUGCACGAAACUGUGACCAGGUUGCGCAACAUACCCACUCGUUUAGUGGAGACCAAAUUUUUCAUUUCAGAGAUGGCCAGGCUGAAACUGAGCGAACAAGAGCUUAGUAUAGGAUUUCAACGUCAUUGGGCAAUUUUCGAAUCGAAAAAAGCAGACAGUUCACAUGGAAGUGCAUCAGGAGAUGUUAAUUUGCCGAAGCCUGGAAAAAGUGGAAUAUCUAGAGAAAAGAAAGAAAGUGGGCAUUCCGCUGAGAUUUCCGUUGCCUCUACGGUUUCGGGAAUGAGUGCGAAGUUCGGCCGAUAUUACGGGAAGAGAACCGACCAUUUCGCGGAAUCAGAGGUAGUGAAAUCCUUCCCACGUGAAGAUGUGUUCUAUUUGUGUCGAGAUUUGAUAAUCGGCCUGGACCUUUUGAAGGAGUCCGAGAAACAAGGAGAUGCAAUCUUCGGAAAAGUGUGCGACUAUUUUUUACAAAUCCAGACACGAAACUGUUCCCAUGAUCAUGGACAAACGGCGGCUUUUAUUGCCUUUAUUGCGACCUUUAGUUCUUCUCGGCAUAUCGGAGGUAUUCAUCCGUGCGUGCAGCAAAUUUCGGCCUGUGCUCAAAUUAGACCCGCGCAGUUUCUGAAUCUUGUUCGGAAAGCGAAGCUGGGAUCGUCUUUUGCAAGAUUGGCACGAGAUCCGCGCUUGGCGGCAAUUAUUGAGGAAGAAUCCUUUCAAUUCUUGAGGUCCUUCGAGGAAGGCCGUGAAGAAGCCGAUGCGCUGGAUCUCCUGUAUUUUAUUGAUCGUGUCGGAGAGUUGUUGGUAGAUUUUUUUUCUACGGUAUGCCUGGAUCGGUUCAUCGCCGAACUCAUCCGCCUGUCACACCUGCCGAUGACCAUCUUAGUAACCAUGCGUCUUGUUCGGAAAAUUCUCGAAUCUGUCCAAAGGAGAGUCAUUGGAGAUUCUGAAGUCUUCGGUGUUCGAAAUUCGUUUCUUGAUGGAAUUUUUGCCGAAAAGAAACUUCACCACUCCGCUGGCGAUGCAUCAGCAGAUUUGUUGGGUUUGUUGAAAAUAGUACAAAUUGUCGAGGAAAAGCAUACGAUUGCUGGUUUUUUGAAAUCAAGUUAUGAACUGCCUUGGUGUUCACGAGACUCAGUUGAACAAGGCGAAGAUUUCGUUUUGGAAUUGCUACAGCUCGUCGAUUAUGUUCUUUACUUCGCCAUCAACGUCCUGGAUAUCUCUUUGGAAUCGGGUCAUCUUGACAGAAACGUCGAGAAGCCUUUCUUUUCAGUGGCCAGUCUUUUGUUCCCACUCAGCAAUAGCGACUCGUCCAUUAUAGGCCAAGAUCCAAGGAAAGCAUUGGAAGUUUUGAAAACUGUUGAUCCCCUGUGCCAAGAACUGAUCAUCGUCGAGCUUCUCAAGAAUCCACGAACAUAUGAAGAUCAAUUAGUUUGCAGAGAUGUCUUGAAAGCGGGAAUCAAGAACCAGGCUGCGAUCACUUUGGAGAAGACACGGUUCAUUUUAUCGGCGCUAAAGCAAGUGAAAGAGCUUGCCGAAGUGUGCAGGAAAAUUUUAUGGGAUUCGUUGACAGAGUUGAAAGUGGAAGAGUUGCUGUCACUUGGUCAGGAAUUCAACGACGUCAGUGCUCUAAAAGGAAAUGAAUUUGAUCAGGUUAUGACGGUGACGUGGAAUCGAAUCACGGAAGCGAAUGUUGACCAAUAUUUGAAAAUUUUGCUGACCGCGUGUCUGUGCGAUGCCCAUUCUGUGAUCAGUGCAUCAAUUUUGAACGGAUGCGAAAAGCCGGGACGCGUCGCAGUCACUGCGUUGGUGCUUUCGGAGCUUGGUACGCUAUGCCUAAUUCCUUCACCGGAUGGUACGUCCUCGAAUCUCCUCCUUUCUUUGAUGGUGUCAUGGACACGAAGCUGUGAAGCUGUUGAUCUCAAGCGGCGCAGUAACUUCUGUAACCUCCUUGUACGUCUUGUUGACGUGGGAACACUGCGCUUGGUUGAUGUCCUUGACGAGUUAAUUCAGCCAGAAUUCGAACGCAUGAAAAUUCCUGAGGUGACAGAACCACCAGAAUUUCCUUUGGAAAUCAUUCAGGCGGUCUUGGAUAACUGUUCAACGUUGCGAAAAUCUGCAGAGCCCUGGAGAAUCUUGCAAAUUCUUGUGCGUGCGUUGGAUCAUUCGGAUACUACAUUUUCAGAAAGAUCUACAUGCAAUGUUGGGAGCAUUUUUUCCGGCGACAUCCUCGAUCGUCUCUGGAGAGCAUUUCGUUCAACCGCUGAAAUGCUUGCGUCAUCAGAGGAGGAAGAGUGGGAAAAUUUCCGAAAGCAGAUCGGAAGUGAAAAGUAUUCCAAUGUUUCCCUGCCCUGGAUAUCGGUGUUUUGCCCGGUUGUUGACAAUGGAAUCGGACAGAUUUCCUGCUCGAAAAACGGAGUGCUGAAAGAGUUGCAUAAAAUCUAUUUCUUGCGUCAUGGAGGCGUGUGUCGUGAAUGUGGAUCGGCAUGGCCGAACGAAACGAAUGAAAUCGUCAAUCUCAGUUUGGCGUUGCUUGUCUCGAGGCGUGAAAACUGGUCGUAUUGCUUUCGGGAUUUUUUCGGAACGAACGGCGAGUUGCAGGGAAAAGAGGUCAUGAAUCUCAUUCGAUCGUUGACAUCGGUUCUACGUUGGAGUUCCGAAGAAGAGCAAGUUUUUGUCCUAGAUAAUUUGGCUUUUCAGUUCCAGGAAAAAUUCAUUCUUCAGUUACCGAGUGUGUCUCGUGAUUUCACGAUAGAGGGGAUAUUGCUCAUCCUUAGCGAUUUUUCCAACAUCAUGGGGGAAUUUUCCGCGUUUGCUUUAUCGAAAUCGCUGGGGUUGAGGGUUCUCAUAGAUGCAGCUGUGUUCGUGCUCAAAGCAGCUGAAGAAAAAAGUUUCACGCCGGCGACGCGAUUGCGGAAGGCCUUGUUGGCGUGCUUAGCUCAUAUGACUUCUUCGUCCGAUGUUUGUCGGACUCGGUCCGGUCUGGCGGUAUUCCUUGACAUUUUCGGUUCUUUGCAAGUACCUGAAGGUCUUGACCCGAACCAUGGAAGUCUAUCGACUAUUCGCGAAAAGCUUUUUCCUGAAGAAGUCCUCGAUAGACUCGACAAGAGCAUUGAUCGUUUUUGUGGUGAAUAUUCUCUCGAGUCCAACGUGGCGGUUCCCGCUGGUUCUAUGACCAUGGGGGCUCCGUACACCAUGAAAAAUAUGCCAAAAGAUGGUUUGAUUGUUAUGACGAUGCUGAAAGAAGCCGGUGUUCAGGAAUACGAGCCGCGUGUUGUAAAUCAGUUGUUGGAAUUUGUUUACAAGUACACUACAGAUGUUCUUGAAGAUGCUCGGUUGUACUCACAUCACGCCCGCAAGAAAGCUGUGGAUGCUGAGGAUGUCAAACUUGCUCUGAGAAUGUAUCUGAGUAACACUUUCGUCUGUCCCCCACCGAAAGAGCUACUUGUGGAACUAUCGAAAGUCAGGAAUGCUACGCCACUGGCGAAUAUGAAACCUCAUUGCGGUCCACGCCUUCCACCCGACCGGUAUUGUCAGUUCGCAUCCAACUACCGCAUGGUAAGCAAUGCUGCCGCGGUUCCUUACCGCAAAGGACCUCCGAAGCCGUUUACUAUGGGAUUGUUGGCGAGCAGUCAAAAGGAAAAGAGAUUUCAAAUGAAAAGUGAACUGCUUUCCGAAGAUGGGCGGGGAAUGAAGCGUCCUCAUGUUGAAGACGAAGAUGAUUUCGCCGACGAAUCCAGCAAUGUUUCGGGUGGCGAAGCAUUUCAGAAUUUCACUCCAGAAAAUUCCAUGAAAAUGGAGGAAGCCGACGACGAGUAUGAUUGA